UUUUUUUUUUACCCCUUUUUUUUAAAAAUUUGACACAUAAUAAAUGUCUGGUAAAAAAAACAAAAGUAAGGCUACACCACCACCGCCACCAGCAGCACCAGCCAAAAAGCCAGUCGGAAGAAAAGGCAUUGUUAAAAACGGCAAUGCAUCCACUAGCACCAAACCCAUCGAUGACACUGUCCCCGUACAACGAUCCAUCUUUGGCGAUUGGACAGGUAAAACACCUGUCUCUCUUUUACAUGAGCAAUGUCAAAAGAACAAUUGGGAAAAACCUGAAUUUGACAUCAAGAAGCGAUCAUCCGGUUUUCUAGGCACUGUCACACUUUCCAUGCGAAAUAAAAAAACAGCACAAAUGCAAACCGUUGCAUUCACACCGCCCGAUGACAUUAUUUUACCUACUUCCAUUGAAGCUAAACAUUUAGCUGCUACUUAUGCUUUGCAUCGAUUUAAAUCCGACAUGCCAUUGUAUCGUGUCAUGCCACCAGAGCAUCGUGAUUACUGGAAACGCUUCGACAUGUUAAAAACUGCUGCCAACGCAUGGCAAUAUGACUCCGAUCCAUUCAAUGCACAUGCACCCAUUAAACCCGAAAAAAAGCGUCGUCAAGGCCCUACCAAGGAACAUGCUGCUUCUGCCGUACCCAUGCCUGUAGCACCCAAACAAGCCAAAGAACCUACAGAAGACAUGACGGAAAAGAUGCGUAAAGACUGGGAAAACUUGCCUGCUGUACAAAUGGGGUCGGAGAAUCGUGAAUUGGUUGAACGCAUUGUUAAAAAAUCUACCAUUGUCUAUCAACCUUUAGCGAGAAAACAUACAAAAGAAGAACGUAAACAUUUAAUUCAGGAAUUGGUGCGUAUGGGAUUUCGAUCUGCUCAUGCCGAUGAAGCAUUGGACUAUUGUGCAGACAAGACAUCCGCCUUGGAUUGGUUAUGUUUACAUGUACCUGAAGACGAUCUUCCCGCCAAUUUUAUGCUUGCCAAUUACAAUCCCACCAUGACCACCAUUUCCCAUACGACCCAAUCUCUUGGUAGAAACUGGCUUUUAAAGCGCAUGUGUGCUAUCGGCUACCCCGAAGCCAUCUGUGAAGAAGCUCUUUCCAAAGCCAAUGAAGAUGACGCCAAAGCCAUCGAACUUUUACAAUGGCGACUUGUCCACGGUGAUGAACCUUUCCCGGUGGUCGAUCCCGAGUUGAUAGAUGCGGAAGAAAUAACACAAAGCCGACAAGACGAGAUCACCGUGCUUCAAUCAAUUUAUGAAUCCUCACGCUUUCAACAUGAAUUGGAUAAGGAAGGUCGUACGAUCUAUAGUAUUCCUUUUAGUGCAAAGACACAGCCCAAUACACGAGAGAAACUGGUGAUGCAAGUCAUGAUACCUCAACACUCGUUUUAUCCUUUCAGUAGUCCGAUCUUUAGUAUCGAAUGUGAUGGAUUACCCAGUUAUUUGAAAUUGGCCUUGAUUAAAGGGUUGGUAGAGGAAGCCGAAUUGAAUUUUGGUACACCAUGUAUUUACAUGUGCGCCGAAUGGCUACAAGAACAUGUAGAUCACAUGAUUGCUCAUCCACCGAAAUUACGCGAUCUUUCUGAACGUCUCAACAGUUUUGAUUUAUUAUCGUCGUCCGUUACCAAAGGCAAAAAUAAUAAGCAAAGACGACACCGAAACAAUGGACCCUUAAAACCCAACGCAGAGAUAUCGCAAACGCUCAAGGACAAUUUGAUUCAACUUCACCAGUCCAAAAAAUAUGAAAGUAUGGGCAAAGUCCGUGCGAACUUACCAGCUCACAAUUAUAAAUCCACCGUGAUCCGCACGGUUCUGGGACAUCAAGUCUCGAUUGUGAGUGGAGAAACGGGUUGUGGUAAAACCACGCAGGUACCUCAAUUCAUCAUGGACGAAGAAAUCGAACAAGGUCGUGGGUCGACGUGUAACAUCAUUUGUACACAGCCUAGAAAGAUUUCUGCCAUCGGUGUGGCAGAACGUGUCGCCUCCGAACGAUGCGAAUCCAUCGGUACAACGGUAGGUUAUGCUGUGCGUGGAGAAACCAAGGUGUCCAAAGAGACUCGAUUACAAUUCGUCACAACGGGUGUUUUAUUACGUCGAUUACAAAGUGAUCCUACCCUGGACGGUAUCAGUCAUGUUAUGAUUGAUGAAGUGCAUGAGCGUUCCGUUGAUAGUGAUUUCUUAUUAAUUAUUUUACGUCAAGUGUUAAAAAAACGUAAAGAUCUCAAGGUGGUGUUGAUGUCUGCUACGAUUAAUCAAGAACUCUUUUCGAAUUAUUUCAAUGGAGCUCCUGCGAUUGAAAUCCCUGGUUUUACUCAUCCCGUACAAGAUUUUUAUUUAGAGGACAUCUUGGAUAUGACAUGUCAUGUCUCGCAUUUACCCAUGGUGAAAAAUCCCAAGAAAUCUGAAGAAGAUGAAGCGCCUUCCAAUAGUCAAUGGGCCGCUUGGCAAAUUCCUUAUUUAGAAAAGGGAUUCAAGGAACAGACAGUACGUACAUUAGCUCGUUACCGUAACCAGGACAAGAUUGAUUAUGAAUUGAUUGCCAACGCUGUACAAUACAUUGUGGACACGGAAACAGAAAAGAUUCCAGGUGGAGGCGAACCUGCAAUUUUAAUCUUUAUGCCGGGUGCGAUGGAAAUUAAACGUUGUGUGGAGGCCUUACAGGAUCGCUUGGGUCACGAUCAAAGUUAUGAGAUUUUGCCUUUGCAUGCCAACUUAUCCCCGCAAGAACAAACGCGUGUUUUCAAGACCGUGGCGGGACACGUGCGAAAGAUCGUGGUGGCGACGAACGUGGCGGAAACUUCGAUUACGAUUGAAGGUGUAGUGUACGUGAUUGAUUCGGGCCGUGUGAAGGAAACACAAUUUGAUGCGGCGAAUAGUAUGAUGCAUCUAGUGGAAACAUGGGCAUCACGGGCGAGUUGUAAACAACGUCGAGGUCGUGCGGGUCGUACACGUCCUGGUAAAUGUUUUAAAUUGUUUACACGAGAUACGGAUGCCAACAAGAUGCGUGCUCAACAGGUGCCUGAAUUAUUAAGAACUCCGUUGGAACAAUUAUGUUUGACAGUCAAAUCGAUGGGAGAACAUGAUGUACGUCAAUUCCUUUCCAAAGCAUUGGAUCCACCAUCAGUGGCAGCAAUGGAUAGUGCCAUUCGUUCUUUACGACAGGUAGAGGCGAUUGAUUUGACGGAACGCGGAGAUUUGACGGCGUUAGGAAAACACAUGGCGAAUAUUCCUGCAGAUUUACGGAUCAGUAAAAUGUUAAUUUUUGGGUCUGUAUUCGGUUGUCUGGAUCCCAUGUUGACAAUUGCUUCCAUCAUGUCGUUGAAAAGUCCUUUUACCUCUCCUAUGGAAAAACGUGCUGAAGCCAAAGCUGCAAGAGAAAAGUUCAAUUUUAGUAAGAGUGAUUGGUUAACGGACAUGAAGGCGUAUGAAGGAUGGUACGAGACGAUCAAGAACAAGGGAAUGCGAGCAGCGCGUAGUUUCUGUGAAGAAAACUUUUUAUCGUAUGCCACCUUAAACGAGGUGCAAAAUUUACGUCGACAAUACACGGAUGCACUUGCUGAGAUUGGAUUUUAUAAGAAAUCGAAUCACGCGCAUUAUAACGAACAUAGUGACAAUACCAAUUUAUUGAAAUCUAUCUUGUUUGCAGGGUUAAACCCCAACGUGGCCAAGAUCAUCUUACCAGAGACGAAAUACAAUAAAGUCAUGAGUGGUGCUGUGGAACGAGAAAAGGAAGCACGCGAGAUAAAGUACAAGACUAAAGCUGAUGGCCGUGUGUUUUUACACCCUUCAUCCCUUCUGUUCAAUAAUAACAAUUACAACUCAUCUUUUUUGACGUAUUUCUCCAGAAUGACAACGAGCAAGACGUUUAUUCGAGAUGGUACGGAGGUACCUUCCUACGGUAUCUUAUUUUUUGGAGGCCAGAUUGAUGUGGAUCAUAUGGGAAGAGGUCUCAAAGUGGGAGAAGAUGGUUGGAUUCGAUUUAGAUCCUGGGCUCGUAUUGGUGUCCUUGUUAAUCAGUUGAAAAGAUUACUGCAAUUAGAGUUAGAGUUUAAGAUUGAAGAUCCUGAAAUAGAUGUUUCUAACAGUGGCGUAGCACACGCCAUCAUAGCGCUAAUUACAAAUGAUGGAGUUUAAUUAAAAGAUCUCCGCUUCUUAAUAAUAAUAAAAAAAAAAAAAGUUUUUUUUUGUGUGUGAAAUAUUUAAAUUCAAA